AUGCGCUUCUGUCCGACACUGGCUUUCGUGGCCUAUCUUGCAUCUGGCGUUCAAGCGCACUUGCCUCGCUAUAGGCAUACGCGAAACCCUAAGGCCUUGACCGUCUCUCUGGAGCCUGUAUCUGGACAAUCGGCUCAGGUCAAUGUAUCUAUCAGGAACGACGGACAUACUGAUCUGAAUCUCCUCAAAAUUGGUACAAUUCUUGAUGAGCGACCUGUCAAGAAACUGUCUCUGGUGGCUGAGAGCGGAAAUGAGGCAUCUUUCAUGGGCAUUGAGCUGAGCCUCUACUAUGAUGGACUCGUGGCCAAGCACUUUGAGACGCUCAAAGCCGGGUCUUCUAUCUUUCGAACUGUUGACUUAUCUACCAUGUACGACCUGAAGGCUGGUAUAUACUCUGUAUAUGCUGAGGGUAGUAUCCCUCUUACUUCAAAGGAAUCUAGCAAGCCAAUUUCUGUUUCCUUCAAGUCCCCGGCUCUACCGAUAAAGAUCACCAAAGCUUCAUCAGCUGAGGCAAAGCAAAAAGCAUCCAAGCGUACCAUCCUGCAAGGAGACUCCUGCACUGCUGAUAAACUCGAGCUCACUGCCAAUGGUGUGAAGAACUGCGAAACUCUUGCCCGGGCUGCAGCGAAAGAUGCAUCUGACGUUCACUCCGCGAGGUUCGUCGAGUACUUCAAGUCGAACGAGACCACGGCUCGUGAGCACGUGACCGGCCGGCUCCUCGCCGUUGCUGAAGAGUGUUCCACUUCAGAUAGUGGUAACACACGGGUCUUUUGCAGAGAUGAAAUUGGGUACUGUGAGAGCGAUGGUCCCUUGAUCGCUUACACCACCUGGGUCAACGGCUAUGUCACCAUGUGUCCGCUGUUCUACGAUACGCUGCCUCCUCUACCGCAAAAGUGCCAUAAGCAGGACCACGCCACCACGACAAUCCACGAGAUGACGCAUGCUAGAGCCGUGUAUGAGCAGGAGGUUUCAACUCAGGAUUAUGCUUAUGGCUAUGAGAACUCUACUGCUUUGGAUCCUCUGUCUUGUCUUUACAACGCUGAUUCAUAUUCUCUUUACGCCAACGGUAAGUUCACUAGAAUCCAAGGCCCUAUCAAUGAUUGA